CUAUUUUGGAAGCUAAAGAACUUCAGGUUUCAAAUAAUUAAAUCUUUAAUUCUGAAAAAUGUUUGUUUUAAUGUUUUUAUGACUUAUAGGUCAUAACAUAAUUCUAAUUUAUUAACUUAGAUUUUUAAUUUUUCUUACUGAAGUUGAGAAAUGAAUAUUUUAUUUAUUAGCUUAUCCUAUUCUGUCAAAAAUGGAUGAUAUACCUGUAGCUGAAUCUGGUAAAACUGGUAACCAGUCUCCUAGGCAGCCAGUGAAAUCUAAUGCUGUUGUCAAGUAUUCUGCUGUGAAUGCGCCUGCAACAUUUGCUAGAUUGCAGUAUAAUACAGAUCUCAAACCACCUCCCUCAAAUUGGCUGAGCAGUAGUGGAGAAUUGUAUGGGCUCAAUCAUGGCUUUUCACAUUCUUCAGCAUUCUCCAGUUUUAGGAUGGCCAAUAUGUUUCCCGAUUGUGUGGGUGAAGUUGAUGUCGUUUCAGAUGCUGAGAACAUAAAAAAAUUACUGAAAAUUCCUUACAGCACCAUGCCUGUAAGCAUGAUGGUUCAUCGAAUUGAAAACACCUUACUUAUAGAUGAAUUUGAUAUCCACAAGCAUUUACUGAGUAAAGCGGAAUCAGAAUGGGGAUGGCUUAAAAAGUUUUUUUGUGAUCAGAUUCUUCAAACAUUAAAGAACAAAUGUCUUCUAUUCAAGAAUAAUACUCGUAAUGCUCUUCAGGAACAAUCUCUGGUAUCUAAGUUCCUUCAUUACAGCUUAGCUGAACCUCAAGAUAAUGUAGUAGCCCAAAGUUUUACAGACAACUUUCCACUUACAAUGAGAGGGCCUGCUUUGCCAGAACCUCGAUUGGAAGAAGGUCUACCAGAUCCAGAGGCCCCUUUUGAUCGCAAAUUUACCAGAAAUGUAGUGUGGACAUUUGAGGAUAUCCAGAUGCUUUUAGGUACUGAUAUGCCUAUUUUUGGAGGUUCAACAAGGCCCUGUAUCUCCUUGAGGCUUAGGGAUGCGACAAAGCCUAUUAGUGUACUUACUGGCAUUGACUAUUGGCUGGAUAAUCUGAUGUCAAAUGUUCCAGAAGUAGUGAUGUGUUAUCAUUUGGAUGGAAUUGUUCAGAAAUAUGAAUUAAUCAAAACAGAAGACCUUCCACAGUUAGCCGAGUCGAAAUUCUCUCCGAAGGUGAUACGUGAUGUUGCACAAAACAUUCUGUCUUUCCUUAAAGCUAAUGCAACCAAAGCUGGUCAUACGUAUUGGCUGUUUAAAGGUAAAAACGAAGAUGCUGUAAAGCUUUAUGACUUGACAUCACUCUGUUCGGACUCUUUGGAAGAAAAAGAUCAAAAUCCUUUUACUGUUCCUGUUGGAAUGCUCCUCUAUAGAGUUGCUCGGAACAUGCUCGCUUCAAGGGAAAACUCAAUAUUUCAAAUAGCCACAAUAAGAAUGCUACUUAAAAACUGUCUCUCGCUUUUAUCGAAAGAAAAAUAUCCUGAGAUCGUUUUGUCAGCUCAUUACAUGCUUUCUGAUGUUUAUAUUCCUUGUGAAACUGACCCAUCCUGUCCUCAUUUGGAAGAUAUUCCGUCCCCUCCAGAGCAGCCUGAAGAAGAAGGAGAAAGCUGCCCUAGUAAUUCAGUUGCAGUUACAUCUCUCUGCGUUUCAAUGUAUAAAUCUGUUUCAUCUGAAAACAAAUAUCAACCUCCUCCACCAAUUGUUGGCACCGUCGAAGAAAGAUGUAUUUCUGCACUACAGCAUGUUCUUGAAGGUUUAGACUGCCUUCAGUAUUUCGAAGUUGAUCAUGAUUCUAAGGAAGAGCCAAAAAUGGCUAAUCCAAGUGAAGCUAUCCCAAUGCCCUUCCCUGGUCAAAGCACUGAAGAAAAAGGAGGGAAGCGUAAGAAAAAGGAUAAAGGAAAUAAGAAUUCUGAUGAAGUCAUUAAUGAAAAUAAAACCAAAGACUGCUCACUGAAGACUUUGUUGUGCCGUUCAAAUGCUGAGACUCUCCCGAAAUGGCAGACACCUGACAAAGUUGACUCUGCUUCAUGGAAAAAACAUCUGUGUUCAUUGUUAUGCAUGAAGGCUUGUUUGGUUUAUUCUAUUUUGGUAGAGAAGGAAAUGGAAGCUGAAAGGCACUGUUUGGCUCUCAAGCAUAUUUGUGGAGUGCUGAGGUGCAGUUCCGAGAAUGUUGCCCUUGCUGGUCUUAUGUUGUUCAAAGCUGGUGAUUGUUUAUUUUCAUUAUGGAAGAACAACCAAAAGGACAUUGAUGAAGUAGACAAUUAUCCUGAAGUAUUUAGACCUCCUCCGAUUCCUCAUAAAUAUGAACUGAGUUUGAUACCCACAGAAUUCGAUAAUACCUUCACUCUCUUAAAUUCAUCAAUUGCUUGCUAUAAAAGAUCUCAAGAAUUGAAUCCGAAUGGACAAACCUUGAAACGUCUUGGAAACGUUUACAAUGAGAUUGGAAACACAUACAACAAUUUAGCAGCAGAGAUGGUUCAAACAGAGAAACAUCUUAAUGAAGACACAAAGUUUAUUCACUUUAUUAUUGAAGCAGAAAAAUAUCUUACCGAAGGUUUAAAAGUAUUGGAAUUAAUUAAAGAUAAUUUGAACACUUCAUUAGUAAUGUGUAACAUUGGAAGGCUCUGUAGACUGAAAGCACACAUGGGCUGUGAUGUAAAUGGUCACUUUGACUUACACCAGAAACAGAUGUAUAUGAAGGCUGUCGAGUACUACAAUCUAGCAUUAUCAGUGAUUGGUUCUCGGAAAAUUCAACCUAUAAUAUGGGAUUCUAUUGCUUGGGAGCUCUCUACUACUCUGUAUCUGAUGGCCACUCGUUAUCAAGAAAAUCCUCUUGCAAAGGGAGAAGAAGCAGAGAGGGAAGCCGUAGAUCUCCUACAGAAAGCCCUCCGCCAUUGUGAUCUGGUCAAUGAAACUGCUAAGUUACCACUUUACCAGUUUCGUGCAGCUUCAUUGCAUUAUAGAAUAGCCUCUCUGUACCAUAAUUCUUUGAGGAAGAACCAUUUUGAUGAAAGCAAGAAGAAAAGUAUACGUCAAUUAUGUUAUUUGCAUUAUGAAAAGUCAUUCAGUCUGUUUAAUCUUCUUGAAAAUCCAGCUGAUAUAAUUCGUGUUCAAUUAGAGAGGGUUAUUUUAGCUGAGUUUUUGGCCACAGAGUCAAAAAGUCAACAUUGGCAAUUGAAACAUUAUGAAGAAGCAAUCAGCUACAUCGUUGAAUGUCGUCAAGUUUUCAUUUCUUUCGAAGAACUUGAGAAAGAAUCAGCUGGGAAAUAUGUGACAGUUGUUGAGGAUGGAGAGGAGACGGAGAAGAUGCUUACUACAGUUGAGCAAGCUUUCCAGCGUAUCAUCAGAUCACUUAUUAAGUUAUAUAGUAACAUACCAAAGUCUAGUGCAGUUUCGGAGAAGUACAAAGAGGUUUAUAGAAUAUUAUUGAAGAAGGAUAAAGAUGUUCUAUUGGCUGCACAUUUUAUUAAAGUCAUUGAUAAAAUAACUACUGAAAUCAAAUGUUAAUUUAGUCCAUUUUGUUUUUAACUCAAUUCUUUGUUGUAAUCGCUAUCUUUUACAAUUUAUUGUUGAACCAAAAGACUGUUUAAAUAGUGAAAUUAAGCUAGAUAUUUAAAAUGUAUAUUUUUUAUAUAUUUUUAUAAUAUAAACAUCAGUAAUGUUUUAUUGAUGUUAAUCGUUCAUUUCAUUUAUUUUAAACUGAUGUAAAUAUGUUGUUAUGAUUAUAGUGUUAUAUAUUACAUUUAGAAUAUUAGUAGUUUAUUUUAUAGAGGCAUUUCUGUUUAAACCUUCAAUUGAAAUUAUGAAGGAUAUGAGUGAGCAUUUUGUUUGUUGCUUAGAUUUGACACAAUAUGUGUUGUAUAAUGACUGUUUUAUUUAUUUUUUCAUAUCAUUUCAUGGUUUUCAUGUUUUGUAAUGUUUUUUAUUUGGUUGUUACUCGCGAAUAAAAGUGGCCUACAUGUCGAGGAAAAAGUUAAUAAAACAUUGUGAUUAUGAAUACACAUCAGUAAUGUAGUAUGUUUGUUGAUUACUCUCAUUUAAAAGCUUGAAUUUUUGUUUUAUUAGUUGACGGAAUAUGAGAUUGUAUUUUUCCUAUCCUAAACAUAAUUGCAAUGCAAAUUAUACUUAUUUACUUUAUCAGUUUUUCCCUUCCCAAAAUUUUUAAUUAAAUGAUGAAUAACACAGUAUAAUGAUUUUUAUAAUUUAUUCUUAUCUGAUAUCCACGGCUAAUAAUUAAUACAUGAAAUUAAAUCUACAAUAAAUCUUAAUGUAUAAAAACACAUUCUUCUAUAAACAUCAUACAAAUUUUUUUUUUGCUUGUGAAAAUUCUUGUAUUGGAUUUUUAAAAAAAUACAAUGCUUCCUUACCUUUGGUAGUGAUGAAGCAAAAUUAAUUUUAUUUAAAUCAGUAUAUAUGUGUUUGAUUAUUUUGGAUUUAUGAAAUAUCUUUGUUCUUGAUUUGCCAUGGGCCUUGGAACAUGUUACAUCACUUGGGUCCACUGACUUUUUUUCCUCAUAAGAUAUAUAAAUGGACCUAUUUAUUCAUAUUUAUUUGUUCCUUCUUUUAUUUUAUCGAACAAACAUAAAAUUUUAUUCAAUAAAAUUAAUUUUGGUUCUCGUAUGAAUAUCUGGUUAUUUAUUUUCAGCAGCAUCCUCAUAAAUCAGCUCUGCUUUGUCC